AGUUGUCUUCCCGGGACUGUCCAUCUUUUCCCGCCGUUCACUGGCCUUUGGAGGAGGGUCAGAGUUCAUGCCGCUCUCUGGAAAAAUCUGCUGAAAGCCAGGAGUUGCGGGGACUAGUGGUCGUGGACGUCCUUCCGAUCCUAAAUCUUAAGGGGCAAAGGCCAUACUCUGGGACUGUUAACUAGGCCGAGGGCCUGGAGGCGGGAAGAGGAUGUGUGGGUGGGGUCAGGGGUGAGAGGUCAGAGGGCCGCGAAGGGGGCGGAGCGAGCCGGAGGCGGAUGGCGGCUACGGCGGCUCAUUAUUUUCCGCGACAGGGGUGCUGAAGCGGGGACGCGGGUCAGACGCGUCCGGCUGUGGGAGGAGAGCGGCGGCCGCUCACAACAUGCACAGCCUGGCGACGGCUGCGCCUGUGCCUACUGCACUGGCACAAGUGGAUAGAGAAAAGAUCUAUCAGUGGAUCAAUGAGCUGUCGAGUCCUGAGACAAGGGAAAAUGCUUUGCUGGAGCUAAGUAAGAAGCGAGAGUCUGUUCCUGACCUUGCACCCAUGCUGUGGCAUUCAUUUGGUACUAUUGCAGCACUUUUACAGGAAAUUGUAAAUAUUUAUCCAUCUAUCAACCCACCAACCUUGACAGCACACCAGUCUAACAGAGUUUGCAAUGCUCUGGCAUUACUGCAAUGUGUAGCAUCACAUCCAGAAACCAGGUCAGCGUUUCUCGCAGCACACAUCCCACUUUUUUUGUACCCCUUUUUGCACACUGUCAGCAAAACACGUCCCUUUGAGUAUCUUCGGCUCACCAGCCUUGGAGUUAUUGGUAAGUUAUUAGAAUUGUUUUGCAAGCCUGAAAUACUCACAGUAGUAGUCUAAGUUGGGUGUUUUGUCUUGCCGCUCAUGAUUUUUGUACACCAGUCAUUCAUUUUUCUCUUUGACGUUGUUGCCACAUUCAUCCUCCAGAAGAUCUUGUUAGAUGACACUGGUUUGGCUUAUAUAUGUCAGACGUAUGAGCGUUUCUCCCAUGUUGCCAUGAUCUUGGGUAAGAUGGUCCUGCAGCUAUCCAAAGAGCCUUCUGCCCGUCUGCUGAAGCAUGUAGUGAGAUGUUACCUUCGGCUUUCAGAUAACCCCAGGUUUUCAGAUUUGACUUUCUGCUGGUCAUCUUUUCAAAGAAAAUGAAACGUUUAAAAGUUCAUCUGAUAAUGCUGCUACCAUAGUUUUGUUUUCACUGCUCAUCUCUUAUUAAGGUUUUUAACCAUAAAACUGAAGCAAUUUCUGUAAAGACACAAAUUGAUAACUUAGUAUAGAAUUAAAAUUCAUUAAGUUAUCAUAAUCUUGAUUAUAUCCUUGUUAAUGUACUGAUUUUUGAAAUAUUUUAUUUGCCAUAAUCCAUAUAUUUCUAACAUGAGUAUUUUGACAGUAUUUACUAUAAUAAAUCAGAAAGCUGUUUGAAUGGAAGUAAACUA